CAGCAUCCCCGUAAGGCAGGAGUUUCCCCGUUCUGCAGAGGAGGAAAUGGAUUCCGCGCGGCUCAGUGACUUGGCCAAAGUCACCCAGCACGUGGGUGGUGCAGCCGGCGGGUCGGUGUUCCCUUGGUGGCGCCGCAGGACCCAGCACGGGAUGAGGACCCGACCCGGGCAGGUGGCAGCGGGGAAAUCGCCUUUUCCGUUCAGUACCGGCGGGAAAACCCAGAGGACCGCGACUAAGAGGGGCUGGCGGCCGCAGAGCAUCGGGCCAGGGAAGAGCGGCGAGCGGCGGGGGGACGGAAUUUGGGUCUCGGCGGCCGCCGUAGGAGCGGCGCGCGGGUCCCCAUGGCAACGGCCAGACGCAGCGGGAGCUUCUGGGCGGCGGCCGAUUGGACGAGCGAGGCGCGGAAUCGGCGAACUGCCCGCGGCCCCGAGGGUGCAGGCGCCGGGGACCGGUCACUGGAGGGAGCCGGGGGGUGGGGACAGCCAGGGGUGUGGCCGGGUCAGGCUGGGACCUGCGAGGGGGACGCCGCCCCGAAUCCCCGGACCCCCGAUCCCCACUGUCCGGACCAGGAGCCAUCGUUCGGCCUCAGUUUCUCCAAGCGGGAAUUGGGGGGGGGCGGAGUGGGCAUCCCAGUCCAACGGCCCAUCUCAGCCUCUGAGACCCAGGACUUUCUCUCCUCUGCAGCUCCUGGACUGACUGGCGCUGUCCUGACCCAUGGACGCCUCCUCUAGCCCGUGGAAUCCCACCCCGGCUCCCGUCAGCAGUCCUCCCCUGCUGCUCCCCAUCCCUGCCAUCGUGUUCAUCGCUGUGGGCAUCUAUUUGUUGCUGCUCGGAGUAGUGCUGCUGGCUAGGCACUGCCUACUGGCCCAUGGUGGCUGCACCGACUGCAGCUCCCCCUGCAGGAAGCAACGUGCCUCCAGGCCCCAGGACUGUUGCUGGACCUGUGCAGAAGCCUGCGACUUCCCUCUGCCUAGCCCAGCCCACUGCCUGGACGCCUGCUGCCCCCAGCCCACGGAAGCGGCUUGGGCCCCUGGCUGUCCCCGCUGCUGUCCGCUCUGUGACUGUGCCUGUGCUUGCCAACCUCCUGACUGCCAGAGCCUCAACUGUCUCUGCUUCGAGAUCAAGCUCCGAUGAGGCCCCAGAGUCCCUGCCCCUUGGGGAGUGGCCAGCCCCCAGGGCCUACAUGCCCUGCUCCCUGCCCCGCUCCCUGACGGGGCCUCCAGGCACCUUUCUCCAGGCCCCUGGAACCACAAAUGGCCUGCGCAGCUCAUCGGCCUGGGAACCAGCUGUGGAGAGCCUGGCUCCCUGCAGAGCAGGACUCAAGAGAGCCGCUGGCCAUUUGGACUGCAGCCCCUUCUGAGGGCCAGGAGGGAGAGGGGCUAGCGCCCUGCCCAUCUCUCCUCCUUGCCACAUAAACUAUUAUAAUUGAAGGUGAGGGUGGGAGACACUGCUCACCACAGACCACCUCAUGGGACAAACUUGAGCCUGGAGUAUCAGGAUAUAGGAGUACCAAGCCACACAGUGUCCAUGGACUCUUGGUUAUCUUGAGAUCCCUGUGCAAAGAUUGAUUUCUCUUGACAACCUCUGAGGGCUUCAGGCUGGAUUUCCAAGGAAAUGUCCUCCAAAGUACCGGUCCCUGCCAGCGGAUCCGUGGCAAGCAAAGGGCAGGGGUCACCGGAGGAGGUUGCAGACGUGGACUGGGGGGAGGGCGGGAGCCGCCUUAUAACCCAGCCCGGGAGCGGCCCGGCUCACUCGCUGCUGACCAGGCUCUGCCCGCUCCUUCUGCCACCUCGCAGG